UCACCUGCUCAGACAGUGGGAAUAGAUUCACUCAGUUAUCACAAUUGAAGGUACAUCAGCAAGUUCACACUGGGCAAGGCCAUUCAUCUGUUCUGUGUGUGAGAAAGGAUUCAGUUGGACCUGUGGACACACCAGUCAGUUCACACCACACCUGGUAGAGGCUGGUGAUCUGCUGAAUUUCUGGGAAAGGAUUCACUCAGUCAUUUGACCUUAUGGCUCACCAGCGAGUUCACACUGGGGAGAAGCCAUUCACCUGUUCAGUCUGUGGGAAGGGAUUCACUCAGUCAUCCAACCUACGGAGUCCCCAGCGAGUUCACACUGGGGAGAGGCCGUUCACCUGUUCAGAAUGUGAGAAGAGAUUCACUCAGUCAUCCAACCUACGGAGUCCCCAGCGAGUUCACACUGGAGAGAGGCGCUUCACCUGCUCAGUCUGUGGGAAGAGAUUCACUCGGUCAUCCAACCUACUGGUACAUCAGCGAGUUCACACUGGAGAGAAGCCAUUCACCUGCUCAGAAUGUGGGAAAGGAUUCAGUGAGUUAUCCAACCUACUGGUACAUCAGCGAGUUCACUCUGGGGAGAAGCCAUUCACCUGCUCAGUCUGUGCGAAGGGAUUCACUCGGUCAUCCAGCCUACAGAGUCAUCAGCGAGUUCACACUGGGGAGAAGCCAUUCACAUGCUCAGAAUGUGGUAAAGGAUUCAGUGAGUUAUCCAACCUACUGGUACAUCAGCGAGUUCACACUGGGGAGAAGCCAUUCACCUGCUCAGAAUGUGGGAAAGGAUUCAGUGCUUUAUCCAGCCAACUGAGACAUCAGCGAGUUCACACUGGGGAGAAGCCGUUCACCUGCUCAGAAUGUGGGAAAGGAUUCAGUGAGUUAUCCACCCUACAGAGACAUCAGCGACUUCACACUGGGCAGAAACCGUUCACCUGUUCAGAAUGCGGGAAGAGAUUCACUCAGUCAUCCCACCUACAGAGUCAUCUGCCAGUUCACACUGGGGAGAGGCCAUUCACCUGCUCAGACUGUGGGAAAGGAUUCACUCUGAUAUCCCACCUACAGAGACAUCAGCGAGUUCACACGGGGGAGAAGCCGUACAACUGCUCAGUCUGUGGGAAGGGAUUCACCCAGUCAUCCCACCUACAGAGUCACCAGCGUGUUCACACUGGGGAGAAGCCAUUCACCUGCUCAGUCUGUGGGAGGAGAUUCACUGUGUCAUCCCACCUACAGAGUCAUCAGCGAAUUCACACUGGGGUGAAGCCGUUCACCUGUACAGAAUGUGGGAGGGGAUUCACUCAGUCAUCCAACCUACGGAGUCAUCAGCGAGUUCACACUGGAGAGAGGCCAUUCAUCUGCUCAGAAUGUGGGAAGAGAUUCACUCAUUCAUCCGCCCUACAGAGUCACCAGCGAGCUCACACUGGGGAGAAGCCGUUCAUCUGCUCAGAAUGUGGGAAGGGAUUCACUCAAUCAUCCCAACUACAGAGACACCAGCGAGCUCACACUGGGGAGAAGCCAUUCACCUGCUCAGAAUGUGGGAAGGGAUUCACUCAGUCAUCCUACCUACAGAGACAUGAGCGUGCUCACACCGGUGAAAAGCCGUUCAAUUGCACAGAAUGUGGGAAACGGUUCACUCUGUCAUCCAACCUUCUGAAACACCAGCGAGUUCACACUGGGGAGAAGCCGUUCCUCUGCUCAGAAUGUGGGAAGAGAUUCACUCGCUCAUCCGACCUGCAGACUCAUCAGCGAGUUCACACUGGAGAGAAGCCAUUCCCCUGCUCAGAAUGUGGGAAGAGGUUCAGUCACUCAUGCUCCCUGCAGAGACACCAGUCAGUUCACACUGGGGAGAAGCCGUUCAUCUGCUUAGUCUGUGGGAAGAGAUUCACUGAGUCAUCCAGAUUACUGGAACAUCAGCGAGUUCACACUGGGGAGAAGCCGUUCAUCUGCUUAGUCUGUGGGAAGAGAUUCAAUAACUCAUCCAGAUUGCUGGAACAUCAGCGAGCUCACACUGGAGAGAGGCCAUUCACCUGCUCAGAAUGUGGGAAGAGAUUCACUCACUCUUCCACACUACAGAGACAUCAGCGACGAGUUCACACUGGGGAGAAGCCAUUCACCUGCUCAGUCUGUGGGAAAGGAUUCACUCUGUCAUCCACCCUACUGGUACAUCAGCGAAUUCACACUGGGGAGAAGCUGUUCACCUGCUCAGACUGUGGAAAGGGAUUCACACUGUCAUCCCGCCUACUGGUACAUCAGCAAAUUCACACUGAGGAGAAGCCGUUCACCUGCUCAGUCUGUGAGAAGAGAUUUACUCAGUUAUCCAACCUACAGAGUCACCAGCGAGUUCACACUGGGGAGAAGCCAUUCACCUGCUCAGUCUGUGGGAAAGGAUUCACUCUGUCAUCCACCCUACAGAGACACCAGCGAGUUCACACUGAGGUGAAGCCAUUCACCUGCUCAGUCUGUGGGAAAGGAUUCACUCUGUCAUCCACCCUACAGAGUCACCAGCGAGUUCACACUGGGGAGAAGCCUUUCACCUGCUCAGUCUGUGGGAAAGGAUUCACUCUGUCAUCCAACCUACAGAGACACCAGCGAGUUCACACUGAGGUGAAGCCAUUCACCUGCUCAGUCUGUGGGAAAGGAUUCACUCAGUCAUCCAACCUACAGAGACACCAGCGAGUUCACACUGAGGUGAAGCCAUUCACCUGCUCAGUCUGUGGGAAAGGAUUCACUGUGUCAUCCAUCCUACUGGUACAUCAGCGAAUUCACACUGGGGAGAAGCUGUUCACCUGCUCAGACUGUGGGAAGAGAUUCACUGACUCUUCCACCCUACGGAGACACCAGCGAGUUCACACUGGGGAGAAGCCGUUCACCUGCUCAGAAUGUGGGAAGCGAUUCACUCGGUCAUCCAACCUACGGAGACACCAGCGAGUUCACACUGGGGAGAUGCCGUUCACCUGCUCAGUGUGUGGGAAAGGAUUCACUGACUCUUCCACCCUGCAGAGACACCAGCGACUUCACACUGGGGAGAAGCCGUUCACCUGCUUAUUCUGUCGGAAGAGAUUCACUCAGUCAUCCACCCUACAGAGUCAUCAGCGAGUUCACACUAGAGAGAGGCUCAGAAUAUGGGAAAGGAUUCACUCAGUCAUCCCACCUCUUGGCACACCAGUCAGUUCACAGUAAGGAGAGGCCAUUGUUAUGAAUCCUUUGGUUUUGUUUGCUGUAGACUGUCAUUUUAAGAGAGAGAGAGAGAGAAAUUAAGAAAGUGAAUCAGUCUGACUUGCAGCUUGUUUACAUCGCUCGCAGCUUGUUUAGUUUUAACUGAGGACACAGACACUCAGAGUCAGACGGAGACAAAGGAGGAAAAAUGGAAGGAUCAAAACCAGGGAACUAGUAGCCAAGGAUCACUGUUUGGAACUUUCCUUCGCUCACAAGGGUGGGCUAAUUAUCGAUUCACCGUACAUCGAAUGUGUGGUUGUCACCUCAUUUGAUCCACAGGAGUGGAUCUGAUUUGGGAUAUCCUGUGGAGACGACUUAUGUGUUAAGCCUUGCCUGGCUGUGGCGUGGUCAUUCAUUUGAUGAUACCACUUAUGACAAUUCACUUUAGGUGAUAAUUCGUAUGUACAUUUGUAAAGAUGAUGGAUAAAAUCUAGAGCGACUGUUCUCUCUUUUUACCACCAUGGAACCUGUGGAAUACAACAUAAUUGCCUUCUCUCAACAUUUACCCUGGAUUACAAAAAUAUCUCUCUCACAUCACCUAUUCUGUGAAUUAAUUGAACUUUAAUACUUUAACAUCUCCAGACUCCAAGCCUUGUUUCCCCUGAGCUCAGAAGUUUGGGAGUUAUAUUUACACACAUACAUACACAUAACACUCAUGAGGAAAUCUGCAGAUGCUGGAAAUACAAACACAAAAAAAAUGCUGAUAGAACACAGCAGGCCAGGCAACAUCUAUAGGGAGAAGCACUGUCGACGUUGUGGGCCGAGACCCUUCGACAGUACUAACUGAAAUAUAGUAAGAGAUUUGAAAGUAAUGAGGGGAGGGUGAAAUGCAAAUGAUAGGAGAAGACCUGAGGGGGUGGGGGUGAAGCUGAGAGCUGGAAAGGUGAUUGGCGAAAGUGAUACAGAGCUGGUGAAGGGAAAGGAUCAUGGGAAGGGAGGCCUUGGGAGAAAGAAAAGGGUGGGGGUGUAAGUACCAGAGUGAGGGGGAGAACAGGUAAACAACUAAAUAUGUCAGGGAUGGGGUAAGAAGGGGAGGACGGGCAUUAACAGAAGUUAGAGAAGUCAGUGUUCAUGCCAUCAUGUUGGAGGCUACUCGGCCGGUAUAUAAGGUGUUGUUCCUCCAACCUGAGUUUGGAUUCAUUUUGACAAUAGAGGAGGCCAUGGAUAGACAUAUCAGCAUGGGAAUGGGAUGUGGAAUUAAAAUGUGUGGCCACUGGGAGUAGUCUUUUGCUGUUGGUUCAUUUCUAAAGCAUUAUGGUUUGUAACAAAAUGGGGCUGUGUCUGGGAUAUGACAAAUUUAAGGAUUGAUUAAUUAUCAAUUUCAUUGGGGAAAUCCCUUUUGAUUUACUUGUGUGUGGAAAACCAGCAGCAAUGGAUGUUGAUAGAUAUCUGGAAGUGUGAACCUCUCAGGCAUUAGAGGACACCAGAAGGAUUGAGUUGUUGAGUAUUGCUAGAACGUUAAUACUUGCUAAGGUGAAAUUGACAAUGAGGAGGGCACAGAUGCAGAAGAUAAUAGCUGAGCAUUAUGUAUCUGAGGAUGUGUUUAAAGUGGAGGAGUUGGAGGUGUUUCCUGAAUGUAAACCUCGUGAGCUUGAGCUCCAAUAGAAGUUAGAAAUAUUAAAGAUGGAGGCUCCGGAAAGGCAGAUGCAGUUUCAGGCUAAAGAGGCAGAAAAGCAGACAGAAAAUUCUCUUACAAAGUGUACUUAAGGGGAAGGCUUAGCAACCCUAUUCUGCUUUGACAGUUGCUGAAGCAGCUUAUUAUUUACUUAUUUAUGCUGCCCCAAUCAUCGCCACUGGGCUAUAAAUGUGCAGGAGCUGUGUGUGGUUCAGUGUUUUGCUCAAGGACACACAAGCUGCCUCGGCUGAGGCUCGAACUCAUGACCUUCAGAUCGCUAGUUCAACACCUUAACCACAUGGCCACGCAUUAUGACCACAUAUUAUGACGUAGUGAAACAGGCUGUGCUCAAAGCUUACGAGUUGGUCCCAGAAGCAGACAGGCAAAAGUUUAGAAAUUUGAAGAAAUCUGUGAACCAGAUAUACGGAAUUUGCUUAUGAGAAAUUUGUGUCUAUUGACCACUGGUGCACAUCUGAACAUGUAAAUGAUGAUUUUAACAGCUUGAGAGAUUUGGUUUUAAUUGAAGAAUUCCAAAGGUGCGUCCCUGAUGACAUAAAGACGUAUUUAGAUGGAAAUGAUGCUGCCACUCCGCAGGAAUCUGCUGGAUUAGCAGAUCAGUUUGCUUUAAUUCAUGAAGUUAUGUUUACCCUGAAUAAGAGUUUCCAAAAGGCACUUGUCAAGUUGUGGGUAAACCUAAUGAGCUCACCCCAGUGGCCUGUACCUGCAUUCGGUGAACCCUUUUCCAAAGUUAUAGUGGAUUGUGUUGGCCCAUUGCCAAAGUCUAAAGCUGGCCAUCAGUAUCUGCUAACUAUUAUGUGUACUACAUCCAGAUUCCCAGAGGCAAUGCCUCUCAGAAAUAUUAAAGCUAAAACUGUG